CUAUAUUUUAGCAAUUAAGCAAAUCAUUGGAUUCAAAUUUCAUACAGGACAAAAUAGAGAAAAAUAAAAGUAAAACUAAAUGAAUAAAUAGAGUUGUCAUAACUAUUUAUAAAAUAAAAAUAUUUGUAUAUUUCACUUUUCCUAUACUGUAGUGAUUAAUCAGAUCAAAUUUCAUACGGACAAAUAAAUAAAUUAAGUUCGUCAUUUCACUGUAAAGGAACUUGUUUUUAUAUUGUACUUUUCCUAUUGGUCGUUUUCACCUUCACUUCAUCUCGAUCCAGCGCCAUCUACUGGUGUCCAAUGAAACACCGCAUAUCUUACAGAGACACAAAUUCUUAAACGACACAAAAACUUCUUAUAGGAGCCCAAAGAUAAUAUAUUCACCUUUAUUUUUACAUAUUUAACAUAUUACAUAGACUGAAUUAUCGACACAAUUGCUGCGUAUUUCAAUCAAACCUCCUCGUUCCAGGUUCAGACUUUCAGCACCACGAGUCAUGUGGACAGCACCGCUCGCGCACAGCAGCCACGGCGGCGCGUGCCCGACACAGAUGCAUUUUUCUUUUCUCUGUUUUUUUUUAUUUUUUUUUUUAACUCUCCUCCAGUAGUCCGUUUGACGUCAGAGGCGACCGGAGCGGCUGCUCGUGCAUGGACGGGCUCGAUGAGUUUCGCGGGUCUGUGGAAGACAAGAGUCCAGACAGAGUGAAGGCGAGGGACGCGUCCGAUGUCUCGGAACCCGCAGAACUGGUGGGUUUUACUGACAGACGGGAUCGGUGCAAUAAAUCUGCAUGAGCCUUUUUGGACUGAAAUGCUUCUGAAACAAACACUCUGGAUCAGUUCUGAAAUGCCCCUGAAACACUAAUAAAUGGCUAGUGAAAUUGUUUUGAAAUGCUACUGAAACAAACAGUCCUGAAAAGCUAUUGAAACAUUGCUGAAGCACUUCCGAAACUAACGUUAGUGAAAAGAUUUGGAAACACUAUUGAAAUGAUUCAGAAACAAUUCUGAAAUGCAACUGAAGUGCUAUUGAAACAUUACUGAAACACUACUGAAAUUAACGCUACUGCAACAAUUCGGAAACGCCACUAAAACGUUUUGGAAAAGAUUCUGAAAUGUUAUUGAAAAUGCUGAAAAACUACUGAAACUAACGGUGCUGCAAUUAUUCAGAAACACAAAUGAAACAUUACUGAAAAACAUCCUGAAAUACUAUUGAAACAUUACUGAAACACUACUGAAACUAACGCUACUGAAAAGAUUCAGAAAAGGUACUGAACUGAUUAGGAAACUCUACUGAAACUAUUUGGACAUAUAACUGAAACAUUACUGAAAAAACAUCCUAAAACACGACUGAAACACUGCUGAAAUGAUUCAGAAAGGGUACUGAAACGAUUAGGAGACGGUACUGAAAUGAUUAGGAAACACCACUGAAAAGAUUCGGAAACACAACUGAAACAUUACUGAAAAAACAUCCUGAAACACUACUUUAACAAUUCUGAAAUGCUACUGAAACAUUACUGAAAGAAUACUGAAACAAUUUGGAAAUGCAACUGAAAUUAUUUGGAAACUACUGAAAUGAUCCAAAAAUGCUACUGAAACAAUACUAAAAAAAAAUCUAAAACGCAGUUGAAACCCCAAACAUCCCGGAAAGCUUUUGAAACAUUACUGAAACAAAUUCUUCUAAAAUGAUUUGGAAACUCUACUGAAACACUACAGAAAUGCUCUAUGAAUGAACUCACCAUGAGACUCUGGAGUUGUUCUCCAAGCGUGUGAGCACAUCGUUGCAGUAUGUCGACCAGCACUGGGCUGCAGUUGUGCUGCCCGACCUGUGGAGAGGCGUGUGGGUUUGGAGACCACCUGUCCAGCGUCCGCUCCUGCCAGAAACUCUGUCUGAAGCCAAGACGAAGCUCUGAGGGGGGACUGAUGUCCCUGUAUGCCCAGCGAGAGAUCGAUAUCGCUCAUCCACUGCGCCUGGAGCUCCUCGAUGCCAUGAGUUUGGCGACCCGAAAGAUCCUCAUCCAGAGGGACUCGCCCUCCUCAGUGCUGGCGGUUGCCGUGACCUCCAGGACCGCAGAGGCGGAGGCAGACGCCGGUCACGCUGUGGCCCAGCUGGGUGUUCCGUGGCUGGGCAGGUUGGCGCUGGAGGCCCGGCUUCAGCAGCUGGCUCUGGAGGUGCAGGAGCGUGUGUCGCUCAAACUGGAGGCUCUGCAGGAUGAGGUGAAGAGGAGGAGCGUGGAGGUGAGCAGAGCCAGGAGAGAGAGCGAGCGGAUGCACAGAGAGAAGCGCGAGGCAGAGGAGAGAGCGGCUGAACUGGAGCGUCAGGUGGACAUUUCCGUGGAGAUGCUGGCCAGCCUCAGAUACGAGCUGAGAGAGAGAGACGAGCAACUCCGACGCAAACAACAGGAAGUGUGUGACCUGGACAGGUUUGUGCGGGACACAGCGUUCCAGGAAGCGAGCGCAAAGAUCCGCCUGCAGCACUUCAUUGAGGACCUGCUGGAGAGAGCGGAGCGGGCCGAGACGCAGCUGCAGAACAUCCACGAUGAUGUCAGUUCCUCUCACAGAUACCUGGCAGGAAGCAGAGCUACAGGGUACCAGAGGAGUUACAGCGUGUCGGGGUCGACCAGGAGAUCCUCUCAUCUGUCUGAUCAAUACUACAGGUAUGACCGGAGGCAGCGGACGCUGUCGGUGGGUUCGGGCGGUUGCGAGGGUCACUGGGACGGACGGCAGUAUCUGUGUGGAGGCGUCGAGGGUCCCGACAGCGGCUCUGACUCGCCCUGGCUGAUCCGACACACUCACACCGACGCCGAUUCAGACAACUGGUCCCUUUACACCGCAGAAUCACAGGACAACACACAACAACGCACGGGCUACAGGACCUACAGCCGCACUGGUCAGGAUCUGUCGGGGCUUCACUGGUGUGUGAACAGACGCAGUGAAUCGAUGGUGUGUUCAGAGCGUCUGCGGCUGAAAGCUGCUCUGUUCUGUGUGUUUAUUUAUCUGGACACACGCUCUCUACUCACUGCUGCUGAGGUGUGUAAAGACUGGCGAAGCGUCGCACGUCAUCCUGCUGUUUGGACCAGAGUAACACUCGAGAACACACGCGUGUCAUCUAAGUUCUUGAUGACUCUGUCUCAGUGGUGCUGUCAGACUCAGUCUCUUGUUCUUCACAACCUCAAACCUCGAUCCCGUGGCAAGAAAGAAAGCAAAGAUGAGUACUCGCGGAGCACGAGGGGCGGACUGGAGGCGGGACUGGAGGCGGUGCUUAAAUCAGCAGGGCGGAGUCUUGUAGCUCUGAGCAUCUCUCAUUGUCCCAACAUUCUGACGGACAGAUCGCUGUGGCUCGUGAGCUGUCACUGUCGGGCGCUGCAGUCGCUCACAUACAGAAGCACGUCAGAUCCGGCCGGACAGGAAGUGAUCUGGGCUCUGGGAGCGGGAUGCAGGGACGUCACGACACUGCGGAUCGCUCCUCUACAGCCGUGUCUGCAGCCCAAUCGCUUUAGUAACCGAUGCUUGCAGACGAUUGGUCGAUGCUGGCCAAACCUGUGUCGGGUGGGAGUGGGCGGGUCAGGCUGCGGUAUCCAGGGAUUGGCCUCUUUGGUGAGGAACUGUGUGAAUCUGUGUGUGCUGGAGCUGGAUCACAUGAACGAGCUGAACCAGGAGGGGGCAGCAGAGAUCUGCAGAGACGGACUCCAGCAGCUGCACACGCUCUCCUUCAUCUCCACGCCCGUCACCGCUAAAGCCAUACUGCACUUCACCAGUGUGUGUGUCAAUCUGAAGUGUGUCGUGGUUCAGUUGUGUAUAGCUGAUUACUUCGAGGACGCUGACAACGAAGAAGCCAAGAGAUUAUUUGAGGAGAUAGUCAACAACCUACAGGUGUUGAGAAAGCGACCGGGUCUGAGUGACGUCCUACAGAUCAAAGUGGACAAACCCCGAGAGUGACGUGUGUCUGAUUCACUGUGACAGUCUGACACACACACACACACACACACAUAUAUACACAAAAACACAUAUGCACAAACACACACAUAUGCACAAAUACACAUACGCAAAUACACACACAUAUAUACGCAAAUCAAACAAAUGCACAAAC